AUGAUUCCAGUCACCAAAGAGCGCAGGGAGACGACAGCCUCGACGCUCGAGUCGCACAUCGCCGCGCCCGGCACGUCUGUUCGCGCCAACAUGCAAGGCCAUGACAUGCAGGGGUCAUCCCUUGGACGCGCAGCCAAGGACAAGGGCUUUGUCGUCGACCACGACUGGCUCCUCCAUCUGUGUCUGACGGCAUUUCCCUCACCGGUCACGCCAAUGCCGCCACGGGCGCUGAUUCUUCCAUAUACGAGAAGAACAAGGGAGGUGAUGGGGUCAUACGGCGGCACGGCCGCAUUCGUCACACUCUGGCGCAGGCCGCCAGGCUGCCCAUGA